GUACAAGUUUGAUUUCUAGGGGUAAGACUAGUGAUGUAAAAAUACAGUUCUGUGAGAUUUUGGACUUGACAUGGCUUUUUACUUAAUAACCUGAAGGAUACAAAUCUGACUUGACAUAAAUGAAAUGAUUUUAAAAGCAAAUUAAAUCAUAGAUUCAAAAAUACUUACUUGCUAAUGAAUAUUUAAAGAGUGCAGUAUUACUCAGAGUCUUUCAGGGGUUAGUCAUCAAAUUAAAACUACUUAGUGUUUUAGCAGUGAUACAAAGACCAAUGAGAUCUAGGAGAAGCAGACUUACUUUUAUUGGAUCGUUUGCUGACCUAAGUAAAGAGAGAACUUCUUAAAAACUUUGUCAUUAGACUGUAAUAGCUGCAGUACCGCUACUACAAAGACUGGGGAAAGAGUAAGCAACAAAGAAAACGAAUUGCUGAUAGAGUCAUCUGGCUCCUUUGGUAAACUAAGAACAAAUAGACAGUUUGUGCUUCAGCACAAGCCAGUGGCCUAUUUAAAAAAACAACCACGGCUACAGCAAAUGAUCAGGUUAGUGAUCUAGCCAAAAAAGGAACGAUAAUUGUUUAAACAAAGGACUACACAGAGGAAGGGGAAUGGUGCCACCUGCAUAGGUAGUAGGGGUGCAGUUAUUGCUGGGGAGAUUCAUACUCUUCUGACUUUAGAAAGGGUGCUAGAAUGGCUGAGGAAGUUCCAGACAUAACACCACAGGAGUAAUUAAACUACUGAAAAGUGUGUCUUUUAGAGAAUGACUAUAUUUUGAUCACAGCUAAUAAAUAUCCAAGUAGGGAAAAGGCAAAGAAACCAUUGUCAAAGUGCUUGGUAUGAUUAAGAUGUGAGAAUACCCAUUUAUCACAGUUACUUUGUGUUGUAUACCUAGUGCUGGCUCUCAGUGAAAGAAACUUCCCUGUGGGAUGUUGAGCUGUUCAAAGUACUUGAUGACAUUUAUAUUCUGUAUGAGAACUGCUGAUAGCCCUUGAAUCAAAAUGAGAGAAGAUAGUUCUUAGAAGAGUUGGUAGCAUUAAAAAUAUAGACUACACAGCACCUUUAAUAUUUGUCUUAGAAUUUUCUUUAUGGGAUACAAAGGUGGAAUAUAAGUUUGUCUUUUCUUUAUUCAUCUUAAUGGUUCCGUUAAACUUGAUGGGCUUAGUGUUGCUGUUGAGUUUGGAUGAGCAGUAAUUAUCCUCACCUUGUGCAAAAAACCACCUGAGGUACGUUUGGGAGUAGUCAGGUGGAUGGGCAGGCUGCUCGCUCUUUCCUUCAGCCAGGUGUUUUGGGGAAGUUUAGCUAUUGUUUGGUCUUCUUCAAUAACUAGCAUUAUAUACUCAUCAAAGCAUGUAACUGCUUAAUAAGGAAUUGAAGCCACUUUAAAAGCAAGGUGAGCGUAAGGGUACCUCUAGUAUGCUGUCACAGCUUUCAUUUUAAUAUGUAAUUGGAUUCAGUGGGUUAAUUUUGGAGGAUGUUCUUCUCUUUAGGUUUUUCCAAAUUCUGAAAUGAUAAGUUUGAUUUCCAUUUUAGAAAUAAUCUUGUUACCUUAUGGUCUUUUUAUGUUAUAAGGAAUUUUUUUUUUUAAUGUCUGAGGUAAAUUUAGGGAGAGGAAAUCCUUCACAAUUGGUAUUUUCGAGUUGAUUGUGUCUCUUUAAAUAUUCUGGCUGAGUAAACAUAGCUUUUCCUUCUUUCUGUUUUCAGUGGCUUGUUUAUAAAGAGCUAAAAUGUUUUAUUUGGUUUGUUUUCAGCUACUUUAUUCAAAAAUGAGAGGCAAAAUUUCUCAGAAAUUAACCAAAAUAAGUCUUGUGUUAAAAGGUAAGAUCCUUCCCUUAAAAAAUUCCUGGUUGUUCAAAACACUGAAAUGGAAAUGGACAGCUAGUAAGGAAAAAAAAAAAUACACUUUUUAUUAAAUUUUUAAGAGUAGCAUCUUUGCAUUAGGUUUUUUUUUUUUUUCCUCAGAAUUGUUUUUCUUUUUGGUUCAGUUCGUGUGGUUUUGAUUACUGAUAAGUUUGAAAACACUACGUGCCAUUUUUUUGCAAAUCCAUUUGCCUUUAUUUUAACAGGAACACAGUGAGAUUCUUGAUCCGAUUUGUUUACAAACUGAGUCCAGAAACAGUCUUCACAUUUGUUUUAUUUAUAUCUGACUGAAGUAACCUGCGAUUGAUUAAUCUGGAAUGAGUCAGAAGAGGUCUGGGUAGCUGCAUGCUUUAUCUAACUAUCACUGAGCUAUAAAUUGAAAGGAAGAUAAUUUCUGCUUGUGGUGAAAAAGAAAGGUGAACAAUCUCCAUGGAAGACUCUCAGGACCUAAGUGAACAGUCAGUGACUUCACAUAUUUGGGGAACUCGACUCUAUUCUUCAGAGAUAAAUGAGGUAAAGAAAACGUGUACAGAAUCAGAUGUGUCAGAGCCUCCGAACGCCAGGUCUAUGGAAAUGCAAGAUCUAGCAAGUCCUCAUAAUCUUGUUGGAAGCAGUGAUGCGCCGGGUAGCUCUAAACUGGAUAAGCCUAAUCUCAGUAGUACAUCAGUUACAACAAAUGGAACAGGAGGAGACAACAUGACUGUUUUAAAUACUGCAGACUGGUUGCUGAGUUGCAGUACUCCCUCCUCUGCAACAAGUAUGAGAGACCCUGUGUCUCUUCUUGCAGUCAAAACAGAGCCCAUGAACAGCAAUGAAACAACAACAACAACUGGAGAUGGAUCGCUUGACACUUUUACUGGGUCAGUAAUAACAAGUAGUGGCUAUAGCCCAAGAUCAGCGCAUCAGUACUCUCCGCAGAUAUAUCCCUCCAAGCCCUAUCCACACAUUCUUUCUACACCAGCAGCUCAAACAAUGUCUGCCUAUGCCGGACAAACCCAGUAUUCAGGAAUGCAGCAACCAGCAGUCUAUACAGCCUACUCACAGACAGGACAGCCAUACAGCCUACCUACUUACGAUUUGGGUGUAAUGUUGCCAGGCAUCAAGACGGAAAGUGGGCUCUCGCAGACACAGUCACCACUGCAGAGUGGGUGCCUCAGUUACAGUCCAGGGUUUUCCACCCCACAGCCAGGCCAAACACCGUAUUCUUAUCAGAUGCCAGGUUCUAGUUUUACACCAUCAUCUACUAUUUAUGCAAACAAUUCUGUUUCAAAUUCUACGAACUUCAGUAGUUCACAACAGGAUUAUCCUUCAUACACAGCUUUUGGCCAAAACCAGUAUGCACAGUAUUACUCGGCAUCAACAUAUGGUGCAUAUAUGACCUCAAACAACACAGCCGAUGGCACUUCAUCAUCAUCAUCAACCUACCAGUUACAGGAAUCUCUCCCUGGCCUGACUAGUCAACCAGGUACAGAUCUACAUUCAGGCGAGUUUGACACAGUACAGAGCCCCUCCACGCCAAUCAAAGAUCUUGAUGAGAGAACAUGUAGGAGUUCUGGGUCAAAGUCUCGGGGUAGAGGGCGGAAGAAUAAUCCAUCACCCCCUCCGGACAGUGACUUGGAGCGUGUAUUUGUUUGGGAUUUGGAUGAAACAAUCAUAGUUUUUCAUUCGCUGCUUACAGGAUCCUAUGCACAAAAGUAUGGCAAGUUGUGCUCUCCAUUCACUCCCUCAUUGUCUGAGACCUCUGAGUCCAUUUUCCUACUGCCUUCUGGAGAGCACGGAACAGAAACUCCUUGUGGAGAUCCACCAAUGGCAGUGACCCUUGGACUGCGAAUGGAAGAAAUGAUUUUUAAUCUUGCUGAUACACAUUUAUUUUUUAAUGAUUUAGAGGAAUGUGAUCAAGUUCACAUAGAUGAUGUUUCUUCUGAUGAUAAUGGACAAGACCUAAGUACCUACAGUUUUGCAACUGAUGGCUUCCAUGCAGCUGCAAGUAGUGCAAACCUUUGUCUGCCAACAGGUGUAAGAGGAGGGGUUGACUGGAUGAGGAAGCUGGCUUUCCGUUACAGAAGAGUAAAAGAGUUGUAUAAUACUUACAAGAACAACAUAGGAGGACUCCUAGGUCCUGCAAAAAGAGAUGCAUGGUUGCAAUUAAGAGCAGAGAUUGAAGCUCUGACAGACUCCUGGCUAACAAAUGCACUUAAAUCUUUAUCAAUUAUCAGCACAAGGAGUAACUGUGUAAAUGUAUUGGUAACAACAACCCAGCUUAUCCCAGCACUUGCAAAAGUCUUGCUAUACAGUUUAGGAGGAGCUUUUCCUAUUGAAAAUAUUUACAGUGCAACUAAAAUAGGAAAAGAAAGUUGCUUUGAACGAAUAAUGCAAAGGUUUGGCAGAAAAGUAGUAUAUGUUGUAAUUGGGGAUGGUGUAGAAGAAGAACAGGCAGCAAAAAAGCACAACAUGCCUUUCUGGAGGAUAUCCAGUCAUUCGGACCUCUUGGCUCUCCAUCAAGCACUGGAACUAGAGUAUUUGUAACUGUGUUCUAAAGUUGGCGAUCCUUUUUUUUUAUAUAUAUAUAUUUCAAGUACACUGAAUUUUUAUGUGUGAUUCAAUGCCUCUGGCUUUACACAUAUGAAUUGUCUUAAGAAGGGAAGAAAUAUUUGGAAUUAAAAAUUCCAAACUGAAGAAUUCAGAUUGCUGAAUGGAGUUAAAACAUUAGUGCUACAUAAGGAAGCUCUAUGGUCUUAUAUAUGCAACGUUUUUAAAUGGAUUAAAACUGUGGAGGUUGCUGGUACACACCGAAUGAGCCCUGACAGGAGUGAACAAAGGACUCGAACUGGCAAAGCACCAACACGCGUUUUCCAACCGACAAAGUGGUGUUCAACAACAUUCCUCAAAAUGGGAUAUAUUCUCAGCACUGAGGUUUGAACCAGACUUUAGCCUACCUAACCCAGAAAAUCUGAAUUGGAAUGCACUCAGACUGUAUAAUGACAAUCCUGUCUAGACCUGUAAUUUGUGUAAAUUAUUGAUGAAAAUAACUUACUGUGACUUUAUUAGCAGCUGAUUUUGGAAGUGGAUGCAAUUUUUCUUUCUUUUUGGGGGGGUGGGGGAGGGGAGAGGGUUAUAUAAUAUUAUCUCUUUUAUAAGUUUGGCAAACAGAAUGUGCAUAAUGAUGUGUUGUGCCUUAAGGAGAAGACUGUGUUUGUGUGUUAUAAUGUAACUUUGGUUAAAAACUAUGUAGAUAAACAAACAAAAAAAGCCUUUGUGAUAAUUUUUGACAUGACCAAAUUUGAAAUUCAGAGAAAUCAAAGAGAAGGGCUGCACCAAAGCAUUUAAGUUUUUGUUGCAGUAAAAAAAAAAUAAUAAUAAUAAUAAAGGAAAGUUUGUGUUUUUAUUUGGAUUCUCAAUAAUUCCACUGACUGAGGAAAGUUGAGAGUAUGUUGGGAGGUUGAUAGUGGGGACCGCUACCUUGAAAGCUAAAAAAGAAGUGUUUAACACCUUCAACAUCGUUUCUUGAUUCUCUCAUGAGAGAACUAGGAGCCAUUUUCAUGAAUUACUUAGUCCACUGAAAGCCAUGCAGUGAGUGUAUUUGCUGUGUUUGAAGGAACAAACUCCCAGCCAGUUGAUGAAGUAUCUGGAGUGCACCGAUGGCAUUACUGCAAGGUGAAAAUACGCUGUUAAGCACAGAUGGAGGAUAAGACAUAGGUUCUUUAGAAAGAAAAGAAUUCUAAAGAAUGUCUUACUGGUCAGAUGCACAAAUUAUGCUACAUUCAGCAUAUUUAGGAUCAACACUGGCAGCUGGAAUUGCUGGCAAGAUGGCAUUGGCUUGCUCAGGAGUACAGUCCAUUUUGGUAAAUAUUUUGGCAUAUUUUGGUCGCUUUUCCAUUCAGUUCCACAUACAAGUGUCUUCUGUUCUGGGUCAAUAUGUCUUUCUUCACCUAAUUUUGAUUACAAAAUAUUAAUACACAGGAGCAACCCUAAGGGUCUUUGAAUUCAGAUAUUUCAACAGCAUGUCGGGCAUCUGAGGAGAGGAUAAGGAGGGGAUUUUGAUGAAGAAAUACUGAGAAAUAUGUUAUCUUUAGUCAUGUAUAUUAAUAAUUUUGGUCCACAUGGCGAUAAUUACCUUGCAAGUACUGAACAUGCUGUCUUUCAGCUCUGGAAAAUGAGCAAGGUCCAUUUUCAUCACAAGAGCCCCAGCGCCCCAUAUGCAGCUUGAAGCAACCCCAUAUGAGCGCUCUGAAGCAACUGCAGUGAUUCAUCUCUCAUUGCAGAAGAUGGAAACUGCUUUUUUGAUUUUCAUUACUCUAUGUGGAGAUGCCUGAGGUUGCCUGUGCUCUGACUGCAUGAAGAAGUGUGAACAAGAGAUAUUAAAUGUAAACUCCAAUGAUGCUUACAGAAGCACAGCAGCCAGCACUGAGCUGAAUUUCUUCCACCCCUGUUUUGAAGCUAGUGUAUGCUUAGUUACCAGGUAGUAAGCAAAUUUCGUCUUUAUUGAUAUAUUACAUGAAAUUUAGUAGGUGAAAGCCUGGAGUCACUAAAAAAUCAAGGCAAAUCUCCUUUGUAACUUCAUGAAAAUGGAAUUUCUUUGCUGCUUUGGAAUUGAGUAUACAAGUCACCACAAAAGAUAAUUUUUUGUUAUUGCUGGAAAGUGUGAAGCCAUGAGAAUAACCACAUGUGAAAUCACUAUGCACCAGCUCCUUGGGUGAUAGAUAUGAGUAUCCAACAAGUAAAAAUGAUGCAUAUCUUAUUUAUAUUUACAGAAUUUGCCUAGUCACAUUUGCUUAGAAGUACAUUUUCAUAAGACCUGUGGUGCCAGUGUUUCGUAGUCUUCAAGUGGGAAAAAUAUGUUUCUACUGGAACAGGAAAAAAGGUCGAACAAAGCCCUUCUCAAGUUCCAGCACCAUAACAUUGCAUGAGAAUGUCAACAUAAAAGGUUUUAUUAAAAAAAAAUUGGUAUGGUGAAAUAGCUUAUUUUUCUUUUUUUUUUUUUUUUAAAUAAGUGAUAGCAUUAUUUAAAUGCAUGAAGCAAUUUUAUUUCUCUCUCUUCUUUAGCUUUUCAGAGUUCUUUACCAAAUCAGAUGUUAGAACAAACAAUAGCCCAGCAACAACCAUCAGUUCUUAAAAAGGUUUGCGGUGGAGUUGUUCUUAACUCUCUGGCAAGUCUGACUCAAUUAAUAUACUGGAUAUCCAGAGAGGAGGUGGAGGCAAAAAGAGGGAAGUUUUGCAGAACACAAUAAAGUUCUGAUUUUAACUUGAAUUCUGUGUCCUAAGUCAGCGAAAGUUAAUUAUAAAAAUAAUCCAAAAAAAUGCACACACACACAAAACCCCAAAGAUUUAUCUCAAAAACCUUCACAAAUCUAAAUCUCUAAAGUAAAAUUGCAGAGCACAAAUACUGUCUUGCUAAGCAAAAAUUGUUAUAUAUCUGUGAACAAGAUUGUGUUGUACAUGCCUGUAUUGUUGAAAGAAAUGACUGAUAAUUUUUCCUGCAUGAAUAAUAGAGAGGAGAAAAUGACCAAGGCAGAGAUGUAGUGAAGACAGACCGUUCCAGAUGGGAUUAAGCUGAAGGUUGGUCAUUUUGACAUUGAGUGCAUUUUAAUUCAAUAGCGUAUUAAUCAGAAACUGCCUUCCCUUCAGCCUCUCCUGAACAAUCAAGAUUGAGCAUAAUGUCACAUUUGCAAGUAAUUUGUGCAAAUGAAUUGUAGAAUAUAAUGCAUUUUGCUGAUACUCUAAGCAGUUUUCAGUCAGUACAGAACUUGAAAGUUCAUUAGGCAUUUGAAUACUCAGCUUGCAGAAUACAGACAUAGUGUGAUUGCAGUCACCAAUUAGUAACUUAAAUAGAUAUAACUCCAUGCAGCUCAGCCUAUCAGUGAAAAAAGGAAGCAAAAGCUAAAAAUGAUAAUUGUUUUUAGAUGCCUAUGGAGAUAGCACACAAAGAUAUAGGUGGCAGCUAGCUCCCAAUUAAUGAUUUCAUUAAAAGCCAGUGUGAGAAGCAGUGUUUGCAUCCACAGUAGAUGCAGAGAGUGUUCCAGUGUAAGCACUGACUAGAGAGAUGAAGCCAAAUCAAAAUCCUGUAUACAGGCACACUUCAUCUCAGAGCAGAUGAAAUCCUGCAGCCAACUGAACUGCAGAGUUUGUGGUGAACGUGGACUUGGCCCACAGUAGGAAACCUGAAUUUUAGCUGUGAGUUUGUGUCCAGAUCCGGGGUUUGGGUUCAAAAGUCAUCUCUACUUUACAGGAGUGAUACCAAGCAUAUGCUUGAAAUGAAUGUGGUAUUUAGUAUCUUUGAAGAGGAGCUGAAGUGACAUGAGCCAAAUCCCAGCAAUAGCAGCAUUUUUGAGAUAAAAUUGAAGCCAAGGGUGUCUGUUAUGUAUUAGCAGAUUAUAGUUUAUUGGGGCCUACAUAAUUUAAGAAAAUGUAAAUUAAAAUUAAAAGCUUGUAAAAUUAUGUACAUCUUUACUAUUUCUCAAUAAAUACACUUGGAAAUGUCA